UCUCGCGACGACGAGCUUCAAAAAGUUCAGCCAGUCUUCACUAGCGCGUAGGUGCUCUGCCAGGUGCUCUAGCGUGUUCACGUGACUUCAGCCUUGCCCCUCUCCGACAUGGGAUUGUACUCCGAUCGCGGGACCAGAUAUGGCAGAAAACCCUCUGCAUGGAUGAUAACGUAAGAUGUCCAGAGAAGAUGGAUGCUUCCUGGUGUCUUUUGAGGUCAAGACAUCUCGAUCUUGUAUCCGUGAGUGGCUGUAGAAUGAUGCCGAAAACGGUACAGGCGGGUACCUGAAUGCGACUCUAGGCGCUAAUUUUGAGGGGCGGUGAAGCAACUGUUGAGCUUCAAAAGUAGUUUUGCCAUUAUUUUGAUUACUUUAGCUUGCCCACUUCUUUCCCUCUAGUCCUCCUUUCUCUUUCAGCUCUGCACUUGAAUAACCCCCAAAAUCUCCAUCGCCUUGAAAAUAUCAAAGCCGGCAGUAUGGCUUCAGCACCAGUUUACAUUGUUUCUGCAGUGCGAACUCCGAUCGGGUCAUUCUUGGGAUCCCUCUCCAGUCUGAGCGCAACUGAUUUGGGAGGUAUUGCGAUCAAAGCUGCUGUCGAGCGUGUACCUGAAAUCAAGCCCGAGGAUGUAGAGGAGGUCUUCUUUGGAAAUGUAUUGUCUGCAAACCUUGGCCAGAACCCUGCCCGUCAAUGUGCCCUAGCUGGUGGCCUGACCGAAGCCACUAUUGCCACAACUGUCAACAAAGUAUGCGCCUCUGGACUGAAGGCCAUUAUUCUCGGGGCCCAAACUAUCAUGACUGGCAAUGCCGACAUUGUCGUUGCUGGCGGUACCGAGUCUAUGUCGAAUGUUCCUCAUUACCUCCCAACUCUUCGAAACGGUGCUAAAUAUGGUAACCAAACCUUGGUUGAUGGUGUUCUGAAGGACGGUUUGACGGACGCGUAUGGCAAAAAGGAGCACAUGGGUAUGGCAGGAGAAGAAUGCGCAUCAGACCACAGCAUUACCAGAGAACAACAGGAUGAGUAUGCUAUCAAGUCAUAUCAGAAGGCACAGAAGGCCACUGAGGCAGGCAUUUUCAAGACCGAAAUUGUUCCAGUUGAGGUCAGCGGAGGCCGAGGCAAGCCAACAGUCAAUGUUGAGAAGGAUGACGAAGUCAAAAAUCUCAAUAUCGAGAAGCUGAAGGCUAUGCGUCCUGCUUUCAUGCCAAAUGGCGGUACUGUCACUGCUCCAAACGCUGCACCGAUCAACGAUGGUGCAUCCGCCUUAGUACUUGUUUCUGAGGCUAAGUUGAAGGAACUUGGUAUCAAGCCUCUUGCUAAAAUCCUCGGAUGGGGAGACGCGGCUCACGCUCCAAGCAAGUUCACUACAGCUCCAGCAUUGGCAAUCCCCAAAGCUCUAAAGCAUGCCAAGGUUGAUGCUUCGAGCGUUGAUUUCUAUGAGAUCAAUGAGGCUUUCUCGGUUGUUGCUUUGGCGAACAUGAAGAUCCUUGGCUUGGAUGAGACCAAGGUGAACAUUCAUGGAGGUUCAGUGGCCAUUGGCCAUCCCCUUGGUUGCUCUGGAGCCAGAAUCGCAACAACUCUGAUCAACGUAUUGAGAGAACAGAAGGCAAAGAUUGGUGUCGCAGGUAUCUGCAAUGGUGGUGGCGGAGCUUCUGCGCUUGUCAUUGAGUCUUUGCAGUAAAAGUUUUGAUUGUGGUAAUAAGACUACCCCGGUAAAUACCUUAAAAAAUAAUGGAUGAACUUUCUGGCAAGCUUGAGAGAACCUGUCGGUACAGCACAUAUUGUCGUCUGAGCAUGAAGUGAGAGCGAGUACAUCUUCUUGUGGCACUUUCACGAGAAUACCAAGCAUUUUUCAGAACAAAUCGGACUAUUUUUUUCCUUUGCAGAUACAAGAGUAAAAAGCACUGCAUAACUGGAGGAGGUGGCAAGGCUGAGAGGC